AUGCCCUUUCUUGCUGCAAAGUACACCUUACCAUGGGCAGCGGCCAUUCAGGCCCUUGUUGCCGUGUUUUUCUUUCAAUUGGCUUCCUUUUCAUAUUGCUUUCUGUAUGCGCUAGUUAUCAACGUUUCUUGCUAUGCAUUCUACUCAAUUGUGAUUUACCCAUCGUGGUUCAGCCCAUUCCGACAUCUUCCAACGCCCAACUCAGAGAAUCCUAUCUUCGGACAUGCUCUCGCAGAGUUUGAAAUGCCGCGAGGAAACGCAUACCUUCGCUUCAUGAAUGAAACGGAUAAUGCGGGACUCAUUCAUCUCCACGGUCUACUCGGCGCAGACCAACUGCUUCUCACGAAUAUAGAGGCGCUGAAUGAGGCCCUUAUUCAACGAGCAUAUGAUUUUGAAUGGCCAGAGGGCGACAGCAAUUUCCUUCAGAAGAUUUUGGGGCACGGCUUGAUCACCUCUGAGGGCGAAGUGCAUAAAAGACAGCGCAAGCAGAUGGCUCGAAGCUUCGGGGUCAAGCAAAUCAAGGGUCUUUAUCCUUCUUUCUGGGAAAAAUCGAUGUGUCUUGUGAGAAAGAUCGCUCAAGAACUUGCCCAAAGCUCCGAAAAAGAAGGAUCCCCCCUCGUGUCUGGAGAAACAGAUGUGUGUGACUGGGCACAAAGAGCAGCACUGGACAUCAUCGGCGAGAUAGGAUUUGGCUGGGAGUUCAACACCCUCGACAACCCCGACAAUGAGUUGGCCAAAAGCUGCGAGCAGAUAUUCUCACCGACCCUCGAAAAUGCUCUUUUAUUUGCAAUCAGUGUUUAUGGACCGAAGUGGGCACUAGACUAUGUCCCAGGGGGCAUUUCACGGCGGUUUCUCACGGCCACUGGAAAAGUUCGAGACGUGUGCCGGAAUUUUAUCAAGGUCAAGACUGCCCAGGUCGACACGUCGAGGAAUAUUUUGUCACAACUCAUGGCCCAAGAAGGCGUAUCCGAAGAUUUGCUUGUUGAUCAAACUUUGACAUUCCUGACAGCCGGGAAUGAGACAGUAGCAAUUGCUCUCACGUGGGCCACAUAUCUCUUGGCCAAGCAUCCAGACAUUCAAACCCAGCUUCGCCAUGAACUUCGCUGCAACUUACCAUCAUCUGCCGGGCCGAACGGUGACCUCUCAUCUAUUCUUGAAUCACUUCCCAUCCUGAACGGUGUCAUCAAUGAAACACUACGUUUAUACCCAUCAGCACCUGUGGCAGUCCGGGUCUCUUCUCGCGAAACCUCUAUCCUGGGCAAUUACAUUCCAAAGGGUACCCGCCUUUUCAUCGCCCCGUGGUCCAUCAAUAGAUCAACAGAUCUCUGGGGACCACAAGCUGAGAUGUUCUUGCCUGAACGCUGGAUUGACCCACCAGGGACGCCAAACGUCACAGGGGGAACUGAAACAAAGUCGCCUCUCCUUACUUUCUUGCAUGGACCUCGGAAUUGUAUUGGACAGGGAUUUGCAAAAGCAGAGCUUUUGACGCUGGUGGCUGUAUUUGUGCGGAGCUUUCAAACAAGUUUGGUAAAUCCCAGUGAUGUUAAGUCUCCCGGUGGCGCGUUGAGCGCGAAGCCGGCUGGUGGUAUGAAGUUGAGACUGGAGGUUCUUGAUGAGGCUAUUUUAUGA